AUGAAGGAGCUGAAAAGGCUAAGAAAAGCGCGAGAACUCCAACGACAUAAUUUAGGGCUCUGGCUUGUUCUUUUAUACUCUGUCUCGACCAUCCUCACAUGGGUAGUCACGUGUUUGCUAUGCUACAGACCGGUGAACCUUCCUACCUAUUACGACCCAAAUUCGGAUUUUACCAGAGAACAAUAUGAUAGCAACGAUCGCUGGAGAAAACUAACGAGGGUAACAUCUGCUCUUAUAGGGUCCGUCACCAUCCCAGUUACCUCGGCCAUAUGUGCCAAAGCUGCUGUCGUCUACUGUCAAAAGCAUUCCAAUCAACAUAAUCAGAUGUUGACUAUGCGCCAAAUGCUAGCACUUGCGGACAAGGGCUGGUCUGACAUACAGAUAUUGCUCGAUGUAAUGCGACCCAGUACUAGCCGCCGGACAAGAAGCACCUUGUUAAUUUUAUCAGCUCUGCUUUGUGGCGUCGGCAUUGCUAUUCCGACACUACAGGGAGCGCUGGUCCAGACGGUUCAUGUGCAAGUCUCUACGAGCGACACUUUCGACAACACCAAUUUGGGUGUUCAACCAAAUCUGCAAUAUCUAAGUGCCAUGCGCGAUUCAAUAGAUGACUAUCGCAAGAUGGUUCACGCCGUGACAGAAAACACUGUCUCUGCAAGAUUAUCUAAUAAUCAAUCUCAUACUUGGCCGCCAAGUAGAUCCAACCUCACCAUGGCGAGCUCCGAAUCAUCUACUGAAUCCCAAGAUUCAACCGGUGCUUCUUUUCUGGCGUCUCCGUUUUUCACCUCCUCCUUCCCAGUAGGAACAGAUACCGGUCAAUCCCGAGUGUAUGCGCUACGCCUGAACUCCUCUCUUCAGUGCGAUAGCAUUGAGCAACCAGAAUUCCCAGCUUCCUGUGGGGGUUCUAUGCCGUUCGAGACUGCCUAUUCCAACGUCGACAGCUCAGGGUCAUCUCUGGAUUCGUACUCUUGUAGCCUGUUCACCUUUCGACUAUGUUUCCCAAGCGAGAACACCUCCUCUUGGUAUGGGACCAAUCUCAGACAAGAUGUUACGGAACAGUUCUUCUUAGACUUCCAAUACAUCCAUGAAACCUCAGAAGACGACGCUGGGGAUCCCUGGCCGGCCAUUAAUCCGCUUACCAACUUCACUCGCCGUUGCCGGUCGAACACAACUCUGGGCUAUUUUGAACUACCGAACAAUUGGAACAACCAUUCGGCCGGACCCCUUUAUGAAGGAUGUUCCAAUGCAACAUUGAGCUGCCCAGAGCUGGACGUGUCAAUGGAUGAAAACGGGUUGGCUACUUCACCAAGUCCAUUCAUCACCUCCAUAUUCGCAAUCUUCGGAGAUGAUACAUUUUUCAAAACUCUCAGUGUUGCGAAGGAUACAAGUGAUGACUUUCAUGAGCUCUGUUCACAUUGGGAUCCUGCGAGGCCAUUAGAAAAUUGUGAUCUCUUAGAUUAUCGGCCUGGAAUGUUAGCAAGGAGCCUCUACGACUGGCUAAUAAAUUUCAGAAGCCUAGACUCCAUUACCGCAGCACUCUCUUUUACAAUGUCCCUCAGCAAUAAGGCAAUACUCAACCAAGAUGUGACUGAAUUCGUUGGAAACGACAUCUAUAAUCCUCUGGGCUAUGGCAUCAUGAAGCCUUCGAUGUCACCAGCUGCAAUGAUAUUCCUCAGCUUCCUAAUCUCGAUACAGCUCAUCGGGCUGGUAUCCCUCGCACUCUAUGCUCACAGUCGACCAAGAUGGACAGAAUCUCUGGACAGUUUUGCCCUCAUUAGACUUGGAGCGGCGAUGGCAGAUGAUCUACCCUUAGUUUCUGCUAUAGAAGCUUUUGAGCUGACUGUGUUGGACGAGACACAUGGCUGGGUCGGAGAUAGUGGCGGGUCGGAAGAGUUCAGGACGCUGAAAAUUGGGGGACCUGAGCCGCUGAAGGAAAAGGAGCGAUACCGCAUGAUCAAGGCGGGUAGUACCCUGCGUAUGCGAGCCUGGGACUACGACGGACUUCGUAGGAAGUCUGUCAUUGACGUAAUAGGGGGGUAA